AGAGAGAACUUGUCCUCAGAUUCCUGCUCUUUGCAGCAGCGUAAACUAAGUCUCUGCAAGUGCUGCGGGAGCUGGCAGGAGGCAGAGAUGAAGUUCAGAGGCGCGGGAGCGGGGACUAACGGUAUUCGGUUAACCAUGGAGAGCGCUCUGACGGCCCGUGACCGUGUCGGGGUGCAGGACUUUGUCCUGCUUGAGAACUUCACCAGUGAAGCAGCAUUUAUUGAAAAUCUACGUAAGCGCUUCAAGGAGAAUCUGAUCUACACAUACAUAGGCUCGGUUCUGGUGUCUGUUAAUCCGUACAAGGAACUGGAAAUCUACAGUAAACAGAACAUGGAGCGAUACCGUGGUGUCAGCUUCUAUGAAGUUUCUCCUCACCUCUACGCCAUCGCAGACAAUUCCUAUCGCUCCCUGCGCACGGAGAGGAAGGAUCAGUGUAUCCUGAUCUCCGGGGAGAGCGGGGCUGGCAAAACAGAGGCCACCAAGAAGAUCCUGCAGUACUACGCCGUGACCUGUCCCGCCAGUCAGCAGGUCGAAACCGUGAAGGACCGUCUGUUACAAUCCAAUCCCGUCCUGGAGGCCUUUGGAAAUGCAAAAACCCUUCGGAAUGACAACUCCAGCCGGUUUGGGAAAUAUAUGGAUGUGCAGUUUGAUUACAGGGGGGCUCCUGUCGGGGGCCACAUCUUGAACUACCUCCUGGAGAAAUCCCGAGUUGUGCACCAGAAUCACGGAGAGAGGAACUUCCACAUUUUCUACCAGCUGCUAGAAGGAGGGGAAGAGGACUUACUGCGAAGGCUGGGCCUCGAGAAGAACCCACAGCAGUAUCACUAUUUAGUAAAGGGUCACUGUGCAAGGGUCAGUUCCAUAAAUGAUAAAAACGAUUGGAAGAUCGUGCGAAGGGCACUGUCCGUUAUAAGCUUCAAUGACAACGAGGUGGAGGAUCUGCUGAGCAUCGUGGCUAGUGUUCUGCAUCUGGGGAACGUGCAGUUCGCUGCUGAUGAGCAAGGGAAUGCUCAGGUCACUACAGAGAAUCAGAUUAAAUACCUGGCUAGGCUUCUAGCAGUUGAAGCAUCCGUUCUUCGAGAUGCACUGAUCCACAAGAAGAUCAUAGCAAAAGGGGAAGAGCUAAUCAGUCCUCUGAACCUGGAGCAGGCAGCCUACGCGAGGGAUGCGCUCGCUAAGGCGAUAUACGGACGCACUUUCUCCUGGCUGGUGAACAAAGUUAACAAGUCUCUUGCUUACAAGGAAGGAGAGUUUCCGGGCUGGAGAAGUACAACAGUUCUGGGAUUGCUUGAUAUCUAUGGAUUUGAGGUUUUCCAGCACAACAGCUUUGAGCAAUUUUGUAUUAAUUAUUGUAAUGAAAAAUUGCAGCAGCUCUUCAUAGAGCUCACAUUAAAGUCAGAACAAGAGGAAUACGAGUCAGAAGGCAUAGCGUGGGAACCAGUUCAGUAUUUCAAUAACAAAAUAAUUUGUGAUUUGGUGGAAGAGAAAUUCAAAGGCAUCAUUUCUAUUCUGGAUGAAGAGUGUCUGAGACCUGGGGAUGCCACAGAUACAACAUUCUUGGAGAAACUGGAGGAAACCGUGAAGAACCACCCUCAUUUUCUCACGCACAAGCUCGCUGACCAGAAGACUCGCAAGUCGCUGGGGCGGGAGGAGUUUCGGCUUUUGCACUAUGCUGGAGAGGUCACCUACAGCGUUGCAGGUUUUCUAGAUAAAAACAAUGACCUUCUCUUUCGGAACCUAAAGGAGGCCAUGUGCAACUCUGAGAAUCCCAUCAUAAAUCAGUGUUUUGACAGGACAGAGCUGACAGACAAGAAGAGACCCGAAACGGCAGCAACUCAGUUUAAAAACAGCCUCUCCAAACUCAUGGAAAUUCUGAUGUCCAAAGAACCCUCCUACAUUCGUUGCAUUAAACCCAACGAUGCUAAGCAGGCUGAUCGAUUUGAUGAAGUUCUAAUCCGACAUCAAGUGAAAUACUUAGGGCUGAUGGAGAACCUCCGAGUGCGCAGAGCUGGGUUUGCGUAUCGAAGAAAAUAUGAAGUUUUCCUGCAGAGGUACAAAUCACUCUGUCCAGAAACGUGGCCUACCUGGGACGGGCGGCCCCACGACGGGGUGGCUGUGCUGGUGAAGCAUCUUGGCUACAAACAGGAAGAAUACAAAAUGGGACGAACAAAGAUUUUUAUCCGUUUUCCCAAGACCUUGUUUGCAACGGAAGAUGCUCUGGAAGUGAGGAAGCAGAGUCUGG